UGGACACCGCAGAAACCGUUGAUUCUUUGAGUCAGUAAAAAGCGCGAGUUUUUAGAGCAAGCUCACGCUCAUUUCAGUGACUAAAAGUGUUUUAGAGAAUCACUUUUACAACUAAACUGUAAAGAAAAAAGAAAAAAAUAUUUUUGUGUUUUUUUUUGUGGAGACUUUUUAAUAUUUUGAAAGACUUUUAAGUUUGAAAAAAAAGAGAUUUUUUGGUGUACGUUAUUUUAUAAUGUAGUGCAACACUUGUUGAACAUGAUGCCAAUCUUCUUAGAAACACCACAUUUCCAAACGAUGGAGUACGGAUAAUACCUAUCAACCAAUUCAUCAAUACAGCCCUUCAGAACCAACCAAAAUGGAAGCAAAUAUAAUGCUCACCAUAAACUACACCACCACAACCCCAGUCAAUUCAACUUACGACUACCAAACCAGCGAACUGAACUCCUUAUACGCUAUCUGCGAACUAGUGGUAGCAGUACUGGCUGUAGCAGGGAACGCACUGGUCAUCCAUGUCUUCAGAAAGGAAAGAAGACUACGCAGAAGGACUAACUACUACAUUGUAUCCCUAGCCGCUGCGGAUUUCUUGGUGGGAUUGCUAGGGAUACCUUUUGCUCUGAUGUCUUCGGUUGGACUACCCAAUAACCUACAUGCUUGUUUGUUUACUGUGUCCCUCUUGGUGGUGUUGUGUACUAUAUCGAUAUUUUGUCUGGUUGCUGUUUCUGUUGAUAGGUAUUGGGCUAUAUUGCAUCCUAUGGGGUAUUCGAGGAAUGUCAGGACAAAAACUGCGUUAGUUAUAAUCAGCAUAUGCUGGUUCGCUGGUAGCUUCAUAGGGUUUUUACCUCUGAUGGGCUGGCACCAAGACCGCCCAAACAGCGUCGACUGCUUCUUCCUCACUGUGAUGGACUACAACUACUUGGUGUUCCUGUAUUUCGGUACCAUCAUCACGCCAGCCCUGAUACUGAUCGGAUUCUAUGCUCACAUAUACAGGGUGGUCUUAAAACAGUUGAGACAAAUCGUGGUUAUGAACCCGGAAAACGGAACCAAAAAGUCCAAGAACCUCCCGUCAGGAGGAAUGGUGAGGAUGCUUGGAGUCCAACAGCGCAACGAAGUGAGAGCGACUCAAAACCUAGCCAUCAUAGUGCUCUUCUUCAUGAUCUGCUGGAUUCCACUCUACACCAUCAACUGUAUCAUCGCUUUCUACAAGGACUUCCAAGUCAACUCCAGUUUCAUGCUGUCCUGUAUCAUUUUAUCUCACCUAAAUUCAGCUGGGAAUCCUUUACUGUACGCCUAUCACUUGCGUGACUUCAGAGCGGCUUUGAAGAACUUUUUCUGCAAUUUGUUUCACUUGGAGCAACAGAUUUGUGAUCAGUUUCCUCCAAAAUACCCAUCGAACUACAGCAGAACCCCAUAUCGUAAUUCCAGCAUCAAUACUGAUGUCCAGAGAAGGUACAGGAGUCAAUCGAAAGUCGAAACAAUGUUAAAAAACUCUACUGUGAUCGCUGCAGUACCUACAGGGAACAUUCACAGAAAUAUCUGGAAUAUCGCUGAAGAUUCUGGAAGAGAUUCGGGUUCUUCUCAAGAUUCCCUCAAAGACUUAAACGUUUAUCAUCCAGAAAAGUUGUUUCUUAAGACAAAACCGCUCAAAAAAGACCAGCCAAAGGUCAUGAACCAAACCUACGUUGAUUCUUCCAGUAUAGAAGACUCGGACGAUGUUUUUAUGGAUGAUUGCUUGUCCUAUUCCAAAGACAUCAAUGAAACAUGUCUGACAAACGCCAUAAGAUCGUGUCCAGUAGAAAACACUACCAUGGACACUUCCCUGUCAUCUCUGCACAAGUCCAAACCAGUAUUUGUGGUAGAACAGGCUCUUAAAACCAAAGAAGAUUCAUUGAAGGAGCAGAAAAAAGACUCUUUGGAUGUGGUGAAGUCUCCAAAGUCCGCUGGAAGGAUGAGUCCAUAUAAAUUGGUGAGGGGCAUCUUCAAAGGUAGAAGAAAAUUAAAAAGAAGUCUUAGUGAUGGUGGUGAAAGAAAUGCAGCUUUGAAAGACAAUAAUGGAACGAUAGUUGUGGAUUAUUAUUCUGUUCCAAUAUAAUCCUAUGUAUUUAUUAUACCUAAGCCUCUGUAUGUUGUAUAACUGAUGUAAAUUUAUUUAUAAA